AUGCCACCCCGGAGGAGGAAACGUGCGGGACCGGCCCAGAGAGCGCCACUGCUAUUCCACGAGCCGCCACUGGAGGGCCCCCGACGCCUCCCCGCAGCGCCCCCGCGACCAGUCACCCAAGCUCGAACCGUGCCCAGCCGACCCAUAGACGCCAGCACCAUCACCUCCUGGGUAACUCCGCAGUUUGACUUAGCCGCGGACAGCGGCCCCCCGAACCCCCAGAAACGACGUCGCCGAGACCCGGCCCGGCGUUCAAGCCGAAGCUGCGCUUCCAAGUUCCCGCGUCUCGGCUUUGAGAGCCCAGAGCCACCUCGGAGCUCCGCGGCCCGCACGCCCUCCAAGCCGUCAGGAAAGGGGGUCUGCAGUAGCCCCUUGGUGCCCGUGCUCAGCCCUCAGAGCCAGGCCAGCCCAGGCUGCCCUCACGCCUGCACCCUGCCCGACAUCAGGACCCCCGAGCCUGCCGCUGCCUCGCGCCAGGGGGAAAACAGCCUCCCAGGAGCCCCGAUGGGCACAGAGCCGGGGCCCGUCCUGGUGAGGGACACCCCCGAGGACAAGUACGGGCUGAAGGUCACUUGGAGAAGGAGGCAGCAGCUGCUGGCCUUUCUGCAGGACAGGGGCAAGCUGAGCCCAAGCCAAGUCCAUGUGAAGAUCUGA